AUGUCCGUCUACACAACAGAUCAUUCCACCUCCGUCCUGAGCACACACCGCUGGCGCACGGCGCAAAACUCCGCGCCCCAUCUUCUUCCACAUAUUAAACCGGAUAUGAAAAUUCUGGAUGUAGGCUGCGGCCCGGGAAGCAUUAGUAUCGACCUCGCAAAACUGGUACCCACCGGCCAUGUAACUGGAGUGGAAUACGUUUCUGAUCCACUAGAGGGAGCGCGGAAACUUGCUCGUGAAGCGGGCGUCUCCAAUAUAUCGUUCCAAACGGGUGAUAUCCAUGCCCUGCCCUUUGAAGAUUCAAGUUUUGAUAUUGUACAUGCGCAUCAGGUUUUACAGCACAUUGAGGAUCCGGUCCUGGCACUACGAGAAAUGAAGAGGGUUGCUAAAGUGGGUGGUAUUGUCGCUUGUCGGGAAUCCGCCUCUAUGACGUGGUAUCCGCCGAAUGAGGGGAUAGAGCUUUGGAAAAAUGUUACGGAGAAGAUGGGCCGGGAGAAGGGUGGAAAUCCGCAUCCUGGAUCUAUGAUUCAUGUUUGGGCUCAGAAGGGUGGUUUUAACCUGGCGGACGUGCAGAGAAGUGCCGGGACGUGGCUGUUUAGUACGCCGGAAGAACGGAAGUAUUGGGGUGGGUCAAUGGAGGAGCGAGCGCGGAGUUCGGGUUUCAGUAGAAAAGCUGUUGAAGAGGGAUAUGCGACUGCCCAGGAGCUGGAGAUGAUCGCGAAUGGGUGGAGAGAGUUUGUAGAAGAUGCUGAUGGAUGGUUCGGAUUGAUGCAUGGAGAGAUAUUGUGUUGGAAAAAGUCAUGA